AUGCGCUCUUUGGCUUCAGCCGCUCCGACAUCCUCCAGGAUCGGCUCCUCAUCUCUUGUUUCUUCAGUGGAUAUUUCUUCUUCUUCUCUGACCAUGUCUGAAAAUUUCCCAAAUCGAUCUUUACUGGGACCUCCAAACUCUCUGCAGCUCUCCCUCCCCGUGGUAACAAAUGCAGCUUCCCUGACAGGAAACGUCUGCAACUUCUCCCGGGUCUCUGCUCCGGCAGUCAGUUCGGCAUGGCUGCUGCCAUCAGUUUCUGGUGCCUCCUUCCAGCCACUCAUGGGGAGUGCCUACCUUUACCAACAUUCCAGCACAACUGUGUUGUCUGGGGUUACUGGCCAGAGCCAGCUGUCCACGGCAGCUGCUUCCUAUCCCGGUGUUUUUGAGUGGGAUGUCACAGGAAGUACCGAAAAGAAGUCCUCUUCACUCAGAGACUUGACUGUCACUGUCAUUGACCAGGACGCAGCUGUGUCUUCCAUGUCUCUGGCAGCUUCGUAUGAUAAAACUUCAGAGGCCAGUAGCAUGGUCUCUCUGUACCCAUCGCUUUCUGCCAGCCUUGUUCAGGGAACACCAUCUCAGAUGCCAAAUCAAGGACAUGGCCUAGCACUUCCCUACCAGGAAGGCAGGCAGGUAUAUUACUAUAAUCAAGGCACACUGGGACCUCUACUUUCUGGAGAAUUUGGCCCCUGCUUGCAGUCCUAUGGCUCAGUGUCCUAUGCGGGGAGUAGGGCCUCUGUCCCUCAGCCGGAAAUGGUAAUGGUCCUCAAGGAGGUUCAGCCCGCAAACGUCCUACCACCAGCUUCCACCUCUGGAAUUUACUACUCUGUGUCUGCUCAGCCCAUCACAGAAACAAGUUUUCAAGUGAUGGAGACUACCCUGGGGAUGGAGGCUUCCCUGGGAUUACAACCUCCGAGUCAGACAUAUUGUCUGCCACAAACUCCAGAAUUCCCCAAGUCCUGCAGUAGCAGAAAUAUCCAGAUCCUUGAAAGUAACCCACCUCCUGAGCUUGGAGACAUCUCAAUGAUAGCUCCAGUCCAGAGUUCCAAAAAUGUCCUGGCAUUGCCUCCAGCUCCAAGCCAGGAACAAACAGAGAAUAAGAAUUUGGAUGAUAUUAAAACCAAGCUUUCAAAGCCUCUGGAUGUCUAUCAAAUCCCAAUAGAAAACCAAGAUCCUCCCCUACUUCCUUUAGAAAUUCCUGAUAUUCACCAGCUCCUGGCCUGCAUCGAUCCCCUGGGCCAGGAGGAGAAGCCUGUUUCUGAAAACACCAAUCUGGGAAAAAAUGCCCUGGGUCUUGAAGACCAAGUGACCCUUGAAAAUGGGAUCGAAUCUAGUAGCGGUUUUGCAGACAUUGCUACACUGGUGGAGGACAUUCAUCUUCCCCAGUUCUUUAAUUCCUUGAAAGACCUUGAUGAUGCCAAAGGUCCCAAGGUGAUGAAAGCCAAAGAUACCAGAGUCAACAAGUCAAAACAGGUGCAAGAGAAGUCAAGUGCCAUAAAGGCUCCCUCUGAUCACGUCAGGAAGAACAAACACAAAGCCACCGAGCCGAUCAACGAUGCUCCCAAGACCAAAAUCCAGGCGAAGAACCCAGAGUGCCUGUUAGGGGAAGAAGUGAUUAUUUGCAAUGUUGCAGACGGUGACAGGGCUCCUGUGAACAGGGCCAAGCAUCCUAACAGCAAGUCUCAGAAAGCAGCAUCCAGCAGGACCAGCAAAACGAAGAGCCAUGGGCAGGAAAAGACCAAAAGGACCAGAGAAAAUAAUCCCAAGAAAGCAGAGGAGAGUAAGCAGUCUGGAAACAAAGUCAAGGCAGAAGAGAAGCCAACCAUUCCCAAGGGGAAGCGGAAGAAAAAUCAACCCGAGCUUAGCCAAGAGAGCUUUAAGAAGCCUCGAAGUUGCCUAGGCAUGCACAUGUUGGAGUCUGUGCAGGUUUUUCAUGCUCUGGGGAAGAAGAGUGAUAAGAAAACCGGGCUGCCUUCCUCCCGGGCCCUGGUAAGCUCCGGCAACUCAAAAAAUGCCCAGCGACCACCAGCUAUCAAACCAUGGCUUGAUACACCACGUGAGGGCAAAGGUCCUGAGAAAAAACCAGUCAAAGUCCAGAAACUAGACAGAGGUGCUGACAGUGAGUGUCCAUCUCCAUCCCUGUAUGAGCUUCCACCACCUGGGAAGGUCAAGUUGGUGCCUUUGCCUUUUCCAACCUAUGAGAAGCCUCAAGCUCGACCUGUUCCUCGGAGGCCACAGUCUCUGGCGUCACAUCGGUCUGCCAUGCCUUACCCUGCCCGGCCUGGUUCUACUAGCUCAGCUCGGCCUGUUGUAGUCAAUUCAUCCCGGCCGACUCCCGCCUCCUUGACAGGUCCUGCCAGACCAGCUCGGCCAAUUUCAACUAAUCCCACCCGCCCAGGCUUGACCAACCCGACCCGGCCUAGUGUCCCGCAGUCUGCUGCCUCGAGGCCUGCACCCUACAAAACAUCAUCAUGCACUUCUCUCCAGCGGGACCCUGUCGCCAUUGCUGUGACCAAGCCCAAGUCGCCACCCAAAGCUCAAAGCCAAUUUCUACUCCAAGACUUCAGCCAUCAACCAAUUCCGUGGAGGAAACCCAAUGUUCCUGGGCCAGUCAUGUCAAAACCCAUCACAAAAGAACAGAGGCCAGAGAGGGAGGCCAUGAAGAGGAAGGCUCAGCAAGAGCGUGAGAAUGCUGCCAAAUACACCUCUUUGGGGAAAGUGCAAUAUUUCAUCGAGAGGGAAAAGGAGAUGGAUAUUUCUCGAUACUAUGGCUAUGCAAUAUAA